AUGGAAGACUCCAAGAACUUGGAUCCGCCCCAUCAAGUUGAACAGACCGAGUCUGCAGACACAGAACCACAUCAUGAAGACACGUCGGACUCGGACGACCAAUUUAUCGACGCGAGGUCAGGACCGGCAACUCCUAACAUGCGCUCCCCCACACCAAAAGCGAAUCCGAAGCAAAAAGAGGCAUCUCGAAAAGCCGAAAUCGCACAGGAUGAGGAAGAGGAAGCUUCAGCUGAAGACACUACUCCCAGUCCGCCACAUGCGAAUACGGACGACGAAGAGGCCGAAGAAAAGACCGGAACGCAUGUGUAUGACGAAGGAGAUGAUGAUGGGGCUGAGGACUUCGGUGAAGACUUCGACGAUUUCGAAGAGGGCGGUGGCGCCGACGACGGCUUUGACGACUUUGACGACGAUUUUGCACAACCACAACCAAUAGCAGUGCAACCGCAGACGCCAGUGACCCCUCAACAUAAGCCUCCCCCAUUUGCCAUUCCCGAUUUCGGCGGCCUCGGCCCCGACCAAGUCCUCGAGGCCACAGAAGAUAUACUAAACACAUUAUACCCCCCCGAAAUGCUCGAAGUACCUGCGCCUCAAACACUGCCGAAAGAUGCGUCCGUAUUUAUAAACCCACGUUCCGCUUCACUAUGGUCGCAACUGGUGGCGCCUCCGCCCCUUGCGCCGCCCGACUGGAUCCGGUCGCGGACACGACGUCUAUUCCUUGUAUCGCUCGGUGUUCCAGUGGAUCUAGACGAGAUUCUACCAGCCUCUAAACAAAAGAAGCUUAUACUACCGUCGCUCAAUCUCUCCUCAUCACCACGCGUAUCCAGCGAUGUCCGCGGCAGCGGUGUGUCACGGCUGAAACAAGGCGAGGGCAACGCAUCGUCCACGUCUGUCGACUCACAAGGCAGGCCGUCAGCGUCAAAGACACGCCGAGGCCCGCCAGCGGAGCCGGAUCUAGAUCUUGUCGCCGCGCGCUAUCUCUGCAACACCACAGACGAGGCCAUCGCCGGCAUGACGGACGAGGAGCUUAAAGCGCAUAUCAGCAAACUGGAGGCCAUGCAGGGCACUGCCAAGGAUGUACUGGAGUACUGGAAGAAGCGCACCGACGAGAAGCUUGGCGACCGGGAAGCCUUUGAAGGUGUUAUAGAAAAUUUGGUCAAGCAUGCGAGAAAAGUACGAAAGUAA